AUGUCCUACAUCACCCUCGCCAACGAGGGCCUCGCUGCCGUCGAGGCCAAGCAGUGGGACGACGCCGUCACCAAGCUCUCCAAAGCGCUGCAGGCCUCUCCCAGCGCGGCUCCCAACCCGGCAUGGCUCGUCGGCCACUCCAAGGCCCUCAUAGGGCUCAACCGCUUCAACGAGGCCCUCGACGACGCCAACCUCGCCUGGCACGCGGCCUACGAGCGCAACAAGCGUCCUCUUAUGGUGGAGGCACACUACCGCCGAGCCAUUGCCUACUACCGCCUCGGCCAGCUCGCCAACGCGGACUGCUGCUGCGUCUACGCCAUGCGUCUCGUCAAGGGGUCCCCUGCUAAAGAGAAGGAGGAUCCGAAGCUCGCGCUCGUGGACAACCAGGGCCGCUGGAAGCCGACGCUCGAGGACGCCAUGAAUGAGGCCAAGACGGAUGACUUCAACGUCGGGGACAAGGCUAGUGGCAUGUCCCUCGCUACUGGAGCCGUGACGGCGCGAUCUCAGACGUCGGAGUGGCGGCUUGCGAGCACCCUGCGCAUGCAGAUUCUGCGCACCAUGGGCAACCUGCCCGAGGACGACCCUGCGAGGAAGGUGACGAUUGGCCUGGUGCCGGAGCAGAAGAAGCUUGCCGCUCUGGCUACUGAGGCGGAUGAGCUGGCAGCCACCCAGCCCGCACCCACACCCGUCGUCCCCAGCGACACGCCCCCACGGUUGCAAGAUUUCCAAAACGCUAAAACCAUUUACGUGUCGAUAUUCUCCAAGGGAAACAACAAGGAGAAGCUCCAGGUGGAGUUUACGCCGUUUGCAGUCCGCCUGAACCCGGUCGUGUACCCUAACGGAGAGGCAAAGGACUUUAUCCUGGAGCUUUGGGGUGAAAUCGAUACCGCGGCGUCCAAAUACACCGUGACGGCGAACAAGGUGGAGCUCACUCUGGCGAAGAGGUGGCCAGGCACAUGGGCGAAACUCCAGGACGAGGCGGGCAUGGGGGCAGCAGCCGCUCCUCAGAUCUCUGAGACUCAGACGCCCAGCAGCGACGCUAAGAAGGAGGCCGCAGCACCGACUGCCCCGGCUUCCCAGCCCACAGCAGAGCCCAAGACAGCGUCCGCCACGACGACGGCGGCGACGACGACAGCAGGCCCGGCGUACCCCACGUCUUCCCGCUCCGGACCCAAGAACUGGGACAAGAUCGGCGAGGAAGAGGGCGGCGACGACGAUGCGGGCGAUGUCAACGGCUUUUUCAAGAAUCUUUACAAGAACGCCACGCCCGAGCAGCAGCGCGCCAUGAUGAAGAGCUUCACGGAGAGCAGUGGCACGUCGCUCAGCACGGACUGGAACGACGUCAAGUCACGCACGGUGGAGACGGUGCCGCCUGAGGGCGUCGAGGCCAAGAAGUGGUCGUGA